GGCGGGCCCUUCCAAACUCUCGCGAGAUGCCGCGCGGGAGCCUCUGUGACUUCCGGCCGAGCGGAAGCGCGUCCUCUUUCCCGUGGCGGACCCGAGGCGAGCUGUGCCGGCGCCAUGAAGCUGAACAUCUCCUUCCCAGCCACCGGCUGCCAGAAACUCAUCGAAGUGGAUGAUGAGCGCAAGCUGCGCACCUUCUACGAGAAGCGCAUGACCACGGAAGUCUCCGCGGAUGCUCUCGGCGAGGAGUGGAAGGGAUAUGUUGUCCGCAUCAGCGGUGGCAAUGACAAGCAAGGCUUCCCCAUGAAGCAGGGGGUCCUGACUCACGGACGUGUCCGCCUGCUUCUCAGCAAGGGCCACUCAUGUUACCGCCCUAGAAGGACUGGAGAAAGGAAGCGCAAAUCUGUUCGGGGUUGCAUUGUUGAUGCCAAUUUAAGCGUCUUGAAUUUGGUCAUUGUAAAGAAAGGUGAGAAAGAUAUUCCUGGACUGACUGACACCACUGUGCCUCGCCGGCUUGGUCCCAAGAGGGCUAGCAGGAUCCGAAAGCUGUUCAAUCUCUCCAAAGAAGAUGACGUCCGUCAGUAUGUUGUGAGAAAGCCAUUGAACAAGGAAGGCAAGAAGCCCAGGACCAAAGCACCCAAGAUCCAGCGCUUGGUGACUCCCAGGGUCCUGCAACACAAGCGCAGGCGCAUUGCUCUGAAGAAGCAGCGUACGCAAAAGAACAAGGACGAAGCUGCAGAAUAUGCCAAGCUUCUGGCUAAAAGAAUGAAGGAGGCAAAGGAAAAACGGCAAGAGCAAAUAGCCAAGAGGCGUAGACUUUCUUCUCUGAGAGCCUCCACAUCUAAAUCCGAAUCAAGCCAGAAGUAAAUGAGGAACUGUGUUCCUAAAAACAUUAAAUAAAACUUUUAUGGUGAGAUGGAA